UGGAGUGGCUGAGUUAUCCAGGAAGCUUCAUUUCCUCCGGUUUUUCCCGGUAGAAUUAAAAUAAAUAAAUAAAAAAAAUCAAGCAUGCAGCUGCGCCGAAUCAGCACUGCAGGUCCCGGCGACACUGUGCAUGGAAUUCAGAUAUAACGGAGGAGAGAGAGAGAGAGAGAGAGAGAGAGCGAGUCAGCUACCUGCCUGCCUGCGAGGAUACACUCAUACACACAGAGAAACCGAGAGAGAUAGAAGCAGGAACCUGGCCGACCGAUGCGGACUGCAGUGGCGUUUCCCGGCUUUACGCAUUCCCGCAUUCCACACACGCACUCCUGACAAGGACGCGCGCUUCACACGCGCCCUAUAACUCCAUCCGCCGUUGAAUGAGACAUUGAGGUCGUGUCUGCUGCAUUCCCUCAGUGGCAUCUUUCAUCUGCACAUCAGCACCCUUGACAGGAAAUUUGACAUCUUGACUUGUGCAGCCUACAAGUUGAUAAUGACAUCUUUAGUAACACAGAACUGAUACAGGUCUCUAGGUCACAGAUCCUCAGAGACACACUGACAUCCUUUUGUCUCUGUUCCCUGGAUGUUAUUCCCUAGGCAGGUGAUAAAUUGCAUCUACUGGUAGCCUGGACAGGAUACAAGAAACUGGAUGAAUUCAGUAUGUUUAUAAUAUGGAGUUGAUUCAAAAUUGUACACAAAUGGCCUAAAAGAAGUGGGAAGAAAACAAUAGAUGCCCUGUAUGUCCAACACCAUGCCGUGAAGUCAAUGUAAAUCUGCCUCACUGCAUGAUGGCUCCUAAAAUGACCAAGACUUACCUGUCGAGACUUUGACCAGGAGGUAGCAUUGGAUCUCAGUUCUGAGACCUGAACCAUGCAGAAGUGCUUCACAUCCACUCCUUCACCCAGAGCCUUCCAACCACAGCCCGCACAUAAUCAUCAACUAUCCCCACGAUCCACACCUACCCACAAUCUCCCUCCAGAGCAGCUAAAACAGUGUGUGAGCACUGCUCUGAGUCAUAGCAUGGAUAGUAAAAAUGUUAAACACCGCUGCUCAUCCUUUUCCUCAGUACCAGUCUCUGGCCCAGGAACUCCUUCUCGAGGCUCCCGGCAACCUCGUACUUCCACUCGGCCAGUAGAACUUGGUCAAACAUCUGUAGUUACCUUUAGCUAUAUUGAGAAGGGGAAUGUCAAGCAACUGGAGAGUCCACGCAACUUCAAGAGGGUGCAACAAGAGGCCACUCGGGCACAUAAGAUUGAUAGGGCCUUGUCUGUUCCCUCAGGCUCCAGCAGCAAUAAUAGUUCUUUUCACCAGCAGGUGGAUUCACCCGCCCACAACCAAGUGACUGUGGAUUGUGGAGUCUCCGUGGGUCGGGCAGCCACUCAAAGAGCCCUGCAGGACUUUGGGUCACCCCAGUUAAGGUCUAAAUUUUCCCAGGGGUCAGACUUGAGUACAGAAGGGGCACACAACCAGCAAAUGCAAUGUCGGUCAUGGGCAGGCUCUCCUGCUCAUGACACUAAUUCACACAACUAUGAUGCAGACAGGCCAAGGGCUCCAUAUCACCCAUUAAGUAUCCCUGCUUCACACUGUUUGUCAUCCCACACAGGAGAACCCAACCUCCCCUUAGAACUAAACUCCAGCCCCAGGGUCCAGCAAGACCCAAACGUUCACCAGCUAAACCAUGAAGUCGCAUCGACGGGAGUGAAUGGCAGUCCUCUCUCAGGUCAGAAGGGCAAUUUGUUUAUCACUAAUGCACAUUCUGAAGGUUUAAACCAGCUCAGUGGCAGCAAUACAUCUUCAGCAAUGAACAGUCCAGAAGUAGCACGUAGGCUUGCAGAGGAAGCCACCAAAAUCUCAGUUAUUUUUGAUGAUCUCCGAAAGUCCCCUGCCCACAAUGCUUUUGUUCAGAGUGAUCUAGGCAGCCCCAAACAAUCUCAAAACUGCCCCUCCCAACACCGAAGUCCACCUAUGAAAAUGAACAUUCCUUUACAUGGAGUGCAUUCUGAUCUCACUGUAACAAAUGCGCCUGCUCCUUGUUCACAUGCAACAGAGUCUUUAACUGAUUAUAUUCCUGAAAGGAUUGAGCAAACCAAUUACUUCUUUAGCCCAUUACUUUUGGGACAGCCCCCUGACUCUCCAGCUCUCCCCUCUCCCGCAGUGAGUCCGUGGUUGUCUAAAGGGGGCACAGACUCACCUUUACGGGAUCCUCGUGUACUUUGGGGUGACAUGUCAAGCACAGACAGUCCCACCCUGCACAGGAGAAGACUUCCACAGUAUACAGGUGAGGCCUGGUACCAUCAUGAUGCCUGGGAUCUGUCCCCACAAGGGCAUGAUGAUAUCAUGGAUGAGCCUUUGACUGACAGUGUGGAAAUCUCCAGAAGGCUUCUUAUUGGGCAGCAUAUUGAAGAAGCACCAGUCAGCUGGACUUUUAUGCAAGGGUGGCAGGAGCACAGUGGGGAUGAAAUGGGGACGCUUAACCCAGUUCAUCUAUCAGGAGAAAAUGAGACCAGAGCAGUGGAUCACCAAGGUGUAGCUGUGGGCGCAGACCUGCCAAAGGGGCAGGAUACCGUCACCUUGACGCAGGAACAGAAGCAGGCAGAAUGGAAACGCAGACAGGCUUUGCUUCUGGGCCCUGUUAUACUUGAUGAAGAGAAUGACGAAAGGGUCGAGGGGGAGCAAAACCUUCAGCCAACUUCAUCUCCAAGCUCCAGUGGGGUCACAGGCAGUCUUGGAGAUCGUGAGUGUCUCUCACCUGAGUCCAGCAGUAACAGUAACCAGACUGAUCAUCCCACCUCAGAUAUACAGUGUGAUAGUGGCUCAACUGUACUGGGACCAUCUUUGCACUCCCAGAAGAUUGCUCGUGCCAAGUGGGAGUUCUUGUUUGGCACCACAACAGACACGGUCUCCAGGGAACAAGACAAGAAUGUGUGCACUGCACCGAUUGGCUGCCACUCCACCCCAACUCCACCCAAUUAUCUACCCCUAGAAGAAGUGGUUCUCCGAGCCAACCAUGACGUGCAGCGUGUCGAAGUGGAGCUUGUGACCCCUCCGCCUGCUGCUCCAGGCACUUCCCCAAAAACAGGCAUAAUUCGUUGUACUCUGAAAUACUCUGAGACUGAUCUCGACGCAGUUCCAUUGCGGUGCUACUGGGAGACUGACAUUGACGAGGUGCUGCUGGCUGACAAGGACGACUCUGACUCAGCUUUUGGGAGCAACCGUAGCGUGAUGGGCACCUCCGGUACAGGGAGCAGCCCACUGGGAGAAACGGCAUACAAGAGAACAGAUGGAGAGGAGGAUGAGGAAGAGGAUGUGGCCAGCUGGGCAAGUGUUCGCACCCAGUGCGAUAUGAGAAGGCAGCAGGCCAGUCAAGAGCAAAAAGAAGAGGAGAUAUUUACCAUGUUGUUCAAGAGGCCUUUUUUAAAUAACAGCCAUCCAGCCCUGAAAUCACCGGUUCUAGUGCGGGGUCCACCCCAAACUUCCCGAGACAUUAUGGAUACAUUUAGUCACCAUUUUGAGAGUAUCCUGGAGUCCCAGCGAGCUAAAGGCACCUCUUACAACAGCCUGGACAGCCUGGAGCUUCUGACAUCCAGCUCUCAGACCAUGCUAACAUUUGACCUCCCAACGCUGACCCCCCAGGUAAAGCCUCAGAUGUAUCACAGUGCACGGCAGAUUGUGGAACUUAGCUUUGCUCCACUUGCACAUGCUGAGAUGCCCAGUGUAUCUGAGUCAGCUUUGACCAUUACGGGGGACACAGAUGCCACGAGGGCACCAUCCAGCGAACGCCUCAGCAGUGGCUCAGAUGAUAGAUCAGCUGUACAUAGCUGGAUCAGUGACAAUGUCUUCACAGUGCCCAGGGAGAAACCUUCACGGCUGGCUACAGAUGCAGUUGUGGAUCAGGCGCUGAAUGAACGUUUGGGAUUGGGAAGCAAUGACACACUAACCGGGAGUAACCGUGCUGAUCUAGAGGCUGCUAAGCGAUUGGCUAAACGGCUGUACAACCUCGAUGGGUUCAGGAAGUGUGAUGUCGCUCGCCACUUAAGCAAGAAUAAUGACUUCAGCAGGAUGGUUGCAGAGGAGUACCUGAAUUACUUUAAUUUUACAGGACAGACACUGGAUCAGGCACUGAGGACGUUUCUACAUGAAUUUGUGCUAAAGGGAGAAACGCAGGAGCGAGAACGAGUCUUGGCUCACUUCUCACACCGAUACCUGCAGUGUAACCCUAUCCUCGUAUUCUCUGAAGACAGCGUGCACACACUGACCUGCUCACUGAUGCUACUCAACACAGACCUGUAUGGCCAGAAUAUUGGCAAGCGGAUGUCCUGCACUCAGUUUGUUGGAAAUCUGGAGGGACUGAACAAUGGCCAAGAUUUCCCUAAAGAACUCCUUAAGGCUCUCUACAGUUCCAUUAAGAAUGAAAAGCUUCAAUGGACAAUCGAUGAAGAGGAGUUGCGCAAGUCAUUUUCAGAGUUGGGAGAGCAUCGUGAAGAGACAGAUUCAAGAGGUGUGAAGUGCACAGGGAGUGGGAUAGUGCCAGCGUCUGGUGCACUUCUCUACAAGACGGGUUUCCUGGUGCGGAAAGUCCAUGCUGACUGUGACGGCAAAAGAACCCCACGAGGAAAGAGAGGGUGGAAGACGUUUUAUGCUGUCCUGAAGGGUCUUAUUCUUUACCUCCAGAAGGGUGAGUACCGACCGGAUAAACAGCUUUCUGAUGAAGAUCUGAAGAAUGCCGUGUCCAUCCAUCACUCGCUGGCUAUAAGAGCCACUGAUUAUCACAAGCGGCCUAACGUGUUCUACCUGCGCACGGCCGACUGGAGGGUCUACCUGUUCCAAGCUCCGAAUGCAGAACAAAUGCAAUCUUGGAUCACCCGCAUCAAUACUGUGGCAGCCAUGUUUUCUGCCCCACCCCUCCCAGCUGCCAUUGGCUCCCAGAAGAAAUUCAGUCGCCCGCUUCUACCAGGCUCUGCUUCAAAACUCUCACAGGAGGAGCAAGUAGAGGCUCAUGAGGCUCGCUUUCAUAGCACCUCCACAGAGUUGGCAGAGCUUCGCUCUUACCCACCUGAUCGGAAGGUCAAAGGUCGUGAGCUUGAAGAAUACCGGCUUAGAGAAGAGUAUUUGGAGUUUGAAAAAACACGAUACGAGACGUAUAGCAUGCUGCUGAGAGCGAAACAACGCUGUGGCAGUGAUGAUCUUUCAGUGUUCGAGGCCAUGUUGUUGGCGGAAGGUUCUCUGCAGAGGGCUCCAUCCAGCCCCAGUCUCCAGGAGAGCAGUGCCAUGUGCAGCACCAGAGACAAGGCUCCUCCCAGCACAGGCAAUGGCACCGGCCAAGGCCAGAGACACAGUUAUCGUCAGGCUGUCAGAAAGUGACUCAGGAACCUCACAAAAAGCUCUAAGUACUAAAAAGAAAGUGAGGUCAUUCUCUUUUCCCGCUCUCUGUGCCUAGCAGGACUGAGUCUGACUCUGAGAUUAUGCUCUGGUCAAAGACGUCACAGUGCAGGUGCGGAGUAAUGAUGUGGAGGCACAGGAAUGUGUGUGGAACACUUUAUGGUGUUUGUCAAGGGCUGAAUUGAGAGACAGAAGGAAUUGAUCUGCUCGUCCUUCUUUCACAUCUUCAGUUUCCAUGGGUUCUUUGGAUUUGCACACACUCAAAUCUCAGAUCGAAACAAUCUAAGGACCAAAAGAGCUCUUUACCUUUAAAAAUGACUGUUAGCACUCCAGCAUUCAGUCAUUCAGUCAAAAUAAAAUCAGUGGUGUUGAUAAUCUGUCUUUUGCAUACCGAAAUACCAAUCACUAUUCAUUUUGGUUAGGCUCAUAGGAACAAAGGGCAUCACAUUCCACAAGGUUACAUCAUAUUUAAACCCCCCAAAUUUAUAUGCACUUAGAACUGCACAGAGCUGUUCCAUUUUUUUACGGUGUUGGACUGAAUCCCAAACAGCUCCCUGUAUGAUUUUAGUGCAGUACCAGGGGUAUGAAAACCUGUGUCCUGUGUAUAGCAAUAUCGUCAAGCUGGAAGCCAUUUUGAAUCAAUUCUGUGCUUUAUUUUAACUGGAAAUCACUUCUCAGAACCAAGCAUUGAGUAAAGAUGAGAGUGAGUGAGUGAUUGAGCACUAAAAAUAACUCGCUGUGGCAUUGCUACUUAACAACAAAGAAAAACUCAUGGACUGAGCAGAUUAUAUUGGUAGAGAGGGAUCAAAUGGCUUUACAUUUUGAAUGCAAAAAUUUGUAUGCCCCAGAAUGUUUCUUGCACUCAAACUUAAUUAUUCUUACCUUUAUUAUAUGUCUCUGGAGUUUAUUUACCUUUGAAUAUUAUAACCCGGUACUUGUCCUCGUUCUUUUUCCUGGUUUUCUUGGCUGAGUGUUUUUGUCCAAUGUGGCCAGCAUGGCUGAAUAGUGAUGGCUUUUUGUAAUCUCCUCUCUUCUGCAGAAAAGCAGUGAAUCUAGUGGUGAUGAGAAAUAUACCAUGUCGUUUGGCUGUCUUUUAGGCUUCUCAUGUUUCCUACCCUGCUUUCAGAAUGACCCUGUUACACCUGAUCGUUUCAUGUGUCACUGUUCCCUGGAUUAAUGCAGGAUGUAAGGCAUUUUAAGUUAAAUCCAAGUAGACCCCCUAUCUCAAGAAUGCUGGCACCCUUAAAGAAAAUGGGAGUUUUGUUUAUAUAUGGCAACCAUUGUUUGCAUAGGACAACCAGUUUAUGAGUGGUACAGCAUUUCAAUCUGGCUAAUCACAGACAAUUGGAUAUUUAAAUCUUAUCAUAAUGUAACUGAAAUACAAGACACAUGAAAUGACCAGGCAUAAAUAGUGUCAGUGUGUCUGUGAUUUAUUUUCAUACUAGCACUGAAUAGUACAAUUCAGUCUAUUAUUGUGUCAUAUUUCAUAAGUGUAUAUGAAUGAGUGCUUGGGGAAAAAAAUAUUAUCCAAUGUUUGUUGAAUACAUGGAUGGCUUAUGGAUUAUCAGUUUAUGGAUCAUCAACUGCAGCUUGUCCAGCGUAGGCCUAUAUUUGUAUGCUCAGUCAGAACGUUUCCAUGUUAAACUAUUUGGCACGCUUUGACUUGUACGAGAGAUAUUAAUACACAGGCGAACCUGUAAUGUCUGUAUAAUGUAUGUAUAUUAAUUACUGAGGCAUUGUCUAUUCGAAUAUUAUUAACUCGGUGAGUCAUGGUGAUGAAAUUCUGCAAUCACAUUUAGAGAUUCACUUGUUCUCAUCAUAUAUUUAUUAUUCUGUUUGGUAAAAUAGUUUCAAGCAAGUAAAUGUGGCACAAAAACAAACAUGUCUGGUUUUUCUACAUUUUUUCCUAGACUAGAGAAAUAUGAGAAGAGGAACAGUAAGGAAAAGUAAUGAUAAAAAGGGUGAUUGUAAUUGAAUAUGCAUUAGUUAAGGUACAGGGCCAACUCUUUCUUUUAUAUAUACACAGAGUCAGCCAAAACUUUUAUACACAUUUUAGGUAAAGAAAAGC